GGCCCUCCCUCCACAGAUCAAAAUGAGCAACCAGAACAUGGAGAAGAAAGAAAGCAGUGAUGGUGAGGCAAGCACCAUGUCUGCAGAGUUUCAAGCUUUCUGUCACUUGGUCGAUGGAGAACGGGCACGCCGGCAAUUGAUAGAAGAGAGGCAGAGAAGAAGCUCACGGAAGGAAUCAGCAAGAAGUAGGACUGUCACAUGGAAUCCAACAUUUGAAGUAGAAGACUUCAAGAUGGCAGCUGAGGAUGCUCACAAUGACCAUGAUCAACCAUCAUCCUCCAUCGGAAGGUCAAGUCAGUUGGGAGGAAUGGAAGAGGAGAGAGUGCUCAUAGGGGCAAAAAGGAUGAGAGAAUUGGAUCCACUUUGCACAACUGGAGAGAAGAGGCACAAAUCCAAUGCUGGUAGAGGAUCUGAAUGUGCACUUGAUCUGAACAAAAUUGAAGAGUCUUCAGAUGUUGGUAAUUAGAUAAGUCUAAUUGAUUUGAUACAGUGAACUGCAUCAUGUUUAAGAUUCAGCUGGGAGGAAGAUUACUUGAUCCUCCUCUGAUAGAUCAGCAAGUUAGCAACUUCAAAUAUUUAGUUGACAA